CGUCCUCACCCCCCCUUCUCCCUCCCAGCAGCCCCGGCCAUGGCGAGCAACGUGACGAACAAGACGGACCCGCGGUCGCUGAACUCGCGCGUGUUCAUCGGGAACCUGAACACGCUGGUGGUGAAGAAGAGCGACGUGGAGGCCAUUUUCGCCAAGUACGGCAAGAUCGUCGGCUGCUCCGUGCACAAGGGCUUCGCCUUCGUCCAGUACGUCAACGAGCGCAACGCCCGCGCCGCCGUCGCCGGGGAGGACGGCAGGAUGAUCGCCGGGCAGGUCUUGGGU